UUUGUCACUAUAGUUUUAAUUUCCAAUUCAAUUACUUGAAUAUUUUGAGAAAAUUGUGAUCUGGAUACUUGUUAUUUUGGUCAGUCUGAAUCAAAAUUAAUAUUUUCAUCUUUUUGGUCACUACAGUUUGAUUUCCAAUUUAGUUCUUGAAUUAUUCUUUCAGCUCAUCUAGUGAGGAAACUUUGACCUUUGAUUGUUCAUUGAAGUGGAAAUUCAUUUGAUGAGAAUUUGAAGUUAAUUUGAUAAUUGUGAGAGUGUGUUAAAUGGCUGUACAAGAACUGGUUGAGAUCAAAUUCAGGCUUGCUGAUGGUAGUGAUAUUGGGCCAAAUAAGUAUGCAUCUAGCACUACAGUGGCAUCUCUCAAAGAAAAGUUAAUUGCACAGUGGCCUAAAGAUAAAGAUAAUGGGCCAAGGACAACAAACGACGUGAAGCUUAUUAAUGCCGGAAGCAUUCUUGAAAAUAGUAAAACUCUUGGUGAAUCCAUACUUCCAGUCGCUGAAGUUCCAGGAGGUGUCAUCACUAUGCAUGUUGUUGUAAAGCCCCCCAAUAACGACAAAAACAACAAUAAGCUGGAGGAGAAUUCCCCUAUCAACGGCGGGUGUGCAUGUACAACAUGUACAAUCUUAUAAUUCGUUUGACCAGUAAUGGAAUUGUUCCCACUUUGGUUAUAUUUCAUGGUUCUGUAUAAUUUUCAGUAGGAGAGUUUUUUGGAUGAAUUAAGAAGUAUCCUAAAAGUUAAAGUUAGCGACAAAGAAAAAGAUAUAAAAAAGUGAAGAGUUUGAAAAUAAGA